CGUGCCGUGUCACGGGAUCGUAACACUACUCCCCUCUUCUAUCUUCGAAGUUCCAUCGAGAAGUAAGUUGGUUCUUGCGUUCUCAUUCCUCCAUGUUGACUCGUCAUGCCCCGCAAACCAACAUCCGCAAAAGAUCGGUCUGACGAAUUUCAAGCGUCCAUCGGUCGAUUCUGUAACACGAUGCCAGUCCCGUGUUCUCGUUGUCGGCGUCAAAACCUCAAGUGCUUGGUCGACAUUCGUUCCGGUCGCUGUAAGGGCUGCAACGACGACCACAAGCCAUGCGAUCUUCGGGUGACUUUCAAGGAGUUCGAGCGGUUGGCCAGGUUGCGCUCCGAGUUAGUCAAGAAAUCAGAGGAGCUCGAAGACGAGCUCACUCUAGCGGAGGAGGAGGCUGCGCGCGCGCACCUUAGAGUUGUCGAGGCGCGCAAUCGCGCCCGCACUGCUCGCAAGCGUGCUCUCGCGGCCGAGCUGAAGGAAGACGAGGCGUACGCUCGUGAAUCUGCUGGAAUUGCUGAGGUUGCUGAGAUGGAGGUUGCUGCGAAUAACUCUGUUUCUGGUCCUAGUUCCUCGACUGUUGACGUGGAGUCAUGGGGUUUCAAUCCUGCAGACCUCAGCGCCUUGCCUGAGGAAUGGUCUUUUGCUGGUGGCGUUUCCGCUGAGUGGGAUCUCCUGGCCGGCGGCCUUGGUGGUGGAACUCCGCCAGUAGAAGCCGGCAACUCGUCAAGUUCUUGAGUGGUUCCCAGGUAUUUUCACUGUCUGGGUACCCUUUCCAUUUGACGAGGUAUUUCUGACCAUCUUGUUUUAGUAUUUUUUCGACUUCGAAGACGUCGUCUUCAUAAUUCUCUUGGUGGAAGGUUUCUUGUAAUGGCGUUUCCGGGUCAGCUGGUUCUAGCUGAGAGACAUGGAAUGUCUGGUGUUUUCUGGUGUCGGAUGGUAGUGCAACUUGGUAGUUCACUGGUCCUGUUUGUUUGAUGAUCAAGAAGGGUCCG